AUGGCGAGCUCCGCUGAGGGCGGGCGUGCGCUGGCGGUCCUCGGUCAGGGCGAGCUUGCCGCGGUGGCUGUCUCCGACCAGGGCGAGCGUGCGGCGGUGGCUAUCUCCGGCCAGGGCGAGCGUGCGGCGGUGGCGGUCUACGGCCAGGGCGAGCGUGAGGCGGUGGCGGUCUCCGGCGAGGGCGGGCGUGCGGCGGCGGCGGUCUCCGACCUGGGCGAGCGUGAGGCGGCGGCGGUCUCCGGCCAGGGCGGGCGUGCGGCGGCCGCCGGUGUCGGCGAGGCGGCAGCCUCCGGCAAGCGCAAGCAGUGCGACUGCGACUACAUCCCGGACUACCCAUGCACGGAGCGUCUCCGUUGGCGCCGGCUCCUUGCGUACCUCCGGGACAACUGCUACGACCAGAUCUACCAUGUGGCCAAAAAUAAGUUGCGUGUGAUCUUCGACGUCGAGGACCUGGUGAAGCGGAUCAAGGCAGGCCAGCUCGAGGAGGCGUGUGACCACGUCAGGACCUUCGCACCCAUCUGGGAAUUGAGCAGCCACGCUGGACUCCUCACGCUCUUCCUCCAUUACCUCAUGGCCAUCCACAGAUUCGCCGACGGCGACACAGCCAAGGAAGGUGUCGUCCGCGACUGGAACACUCUGGACUGGCAACUCGUCAGGAACAAGGCAGCGGAGCUGGUCGAGCAGAUGGUUUCUGAGAUGCCUGAGCUCAAGGAGAUGACGCGUUACCCGCUCGCCCAGAACGAGCUGUACGACGUAAUGCCCAUUAGGUGCAGCUUCCGUCCAAGGCGUCAAGUGAAGAAAGUAGGCAGCAAGAAGCAAGCAACAGAUGUUGCAAAGGUCUAUCUUGAGAUGAAGAAGAGGUUGGUUCCUUCAGCUCAGAUGGACUGUCAUGAUUAUUCAGAAAAAGUUUUGCGAGCUGGUCAGCGCAAGGUGCUCAAACAAGGCCAUCCAUCUGAAUAUUUAUCCAGAGGAGUUUUUACACUCAAGACUGCGCACGACUGUAAAUCCAUACCUGGCCACAUGAUGAUGGAAAAAGGACAUCGUCCUGAACAUGCAUCCAACCAGGAAAAGUUUUUUCAAGCUGUUCAGCCUAUGAUGCUCAAUCAAGGCCAUAGACCUGAAUAUUUUUCCAGAGGAGUUUUUCCAUUUGAGGCUUUGCAUGCUUAUAAAUCUAUAGCUGAGCGCAUGAAGAUAGAACAAGGACAUGGGCCUGAACAUGCAUCCAACCAAGCCAUGAAACGCCCGAGGUUUCUGGAGUCUCACCGAGACACUAUCCAUCAAGGAAAUGCUUUAAAGAGGCUACACAUAACUGGGAAUUUCGAAGUAACAGCAUGA